AGAGGAGGACUGUCCUUGGAGCAGUACUCAAUCUCUGUUAUAUUUUCUUUAAGAUUUAAAAAAGAAAGUCAAACUCUUCCCUCAUGGAAUCAGUUAAUCGUCUAUUUGCCCCACAGACCCUGACUCAUCCGGUUUAUCUGAGAUCUUGAAAGCAGUCGAUCUCAAGCAGUGCCACAGUGUUAAGAAAAAUCCCCUUUUUUCAGUCUGGAGCUCACAGAUGUUUUGUACCGCUGGAAGAAACAUAGGUUAAAACCACAUAUCCUGUGGAAACACGGCGAUCUAAUCUCACAAACUGCAAAAAACAAGUCUAAGACUUUCAUUCAUCCAGGUUGAUUCCAUUACAGUAGUAGGUUUAGGGGCUGUCAUCUGGACUUAGUUUUUUAAAUGCAUUUUUAAUGCAAAAAAAACAUUAAACCAAAAUUGAAGUAUUGUGAUUUUUACGAUCCAUUUCUGUCCAGAUCGUUUUAAUGAAUGCUUGAAUUGGAUAAAAACAAAAGCCUAAGUCUACAACAGAUUACAGGGCAAAAAUAUUUGAUGCUUUCAAAGAUUUAAAACUUUGAUUUUAGACAUUCAAGAUAUUUUACCAGGUUGGAAGCUGCUUUAACUAAUUUUUGCUCUACACCCAGCUUUUCUUAAAAAUCGGCACAAUUGAGACUUUUUUAUUGUCUCAUUAGGAGCUAGGAUCAAAAACUAAGGAAGUUUUUAUUAAAAUGAGUCAAAAUCAUUUUGCUCCAAACUUUUUAUGAUAGAAAGAUUUGGUUUAAGACUCAAAAAAUCAAAUUGCAUUUUUGAUUCAAUUUCAAGGAUGUUAUUUUUUAUACAUUUAUACAGAUUAAAAAAGAGAGACUGGAAUUCAUCGUUAAAAUUUUUGAAACAAAAAUUUAGAUUUGUGUGCUGAGACUAGGUGCUACUUUUAGAAGAUUUAUUAAGAUGGGCCAACUUGAUUGUUUUCUUAUUCUGUUCACAUUUUGCUCUAAAAUUUAUUUCCACCUAUUAGACUAUCUUUUUGUCACUGUUAUCAAAAUGAACUAAAUUUAAUGAAUUUCUAUAGUUACUUACAAUAAUAACUCCAAAAAUACAAAUCAAUUUUUUAGAACAAGCAAAAAAUAUUUAUUAUUAGACUGUAGAACAUUCAAUUAGAAGAAAUUCUAUUGAACAAUUACCUUUUUAGCUUAUUAUUGCUUUUUUGACUGCUUGUGAAGGACUCCUUGUUUUAGAUUUUGAUAUUUUAUUAUAAGAUUUCUUGUAAAGUAAAAAUGACAUGGCAUAUACGAAUCAUUGUACUACUUUCUAGUGGUUUUCUUCUUAAAUUAGUGCUCUUUUCCUGUUUUAGGCUGCCUCUUUUUGCAGUGAAGGACCUUUGGUGUAAUCUCUGUACUUCUGAGCAAGCAAUGAGCAACAGCGGAGAAGAAAAUUCCUUCUAAAUGGGAGAUUAGGAGGAAAACCUCAUGCAGAAGUAAACUCAGCACGUUUUAGUGAUCAAUUGUUUUCACCUUCACAAGAUUUCACAUUUAAAUCAACUUUUUAAAUUCUUCAGACUUUAAAUCUUUAACCAAAUAAAGUUUUUUUUCCAAACAGAUGGUAUGAGUGCUUGCAAACUUUGCUUCCUCAGCAUUGGUGACACACUUCAGACAGAAUGAGAUUGAGUUGUCAAAGCACGUGUGGGUGUGUUUAAACAGUGAAACAGUGGUGGCACCCCAAUGUUACUCUCAUUCUGUGGCGCCUCACUCCAGAUCAGCGUGACUCUGUUCAUUAAGAAGAACGACAAUGCUUCUGUACACGCCAUUCAUUCUUUUUCUGGUCCUAAACGGAGUCCCGACUGACACGAAUGCCGUCGACUGCGAUCCAGGCCACUGGGUUACUUUUGAGGGAAGAAAGCGUGUCUGUAAACCCUGCAAAGAAGGAUAUUUCCAGCCAGAAAAAAUGCAGUCUAAAUGCAAUCCCUGUUUAGGUUGUGAAACAGAAUCAGGAAGUUUUGUGCAAGAAAAGUGCACCCCUGUAAAAAAUACAAAAUGCCAGUGUCGUGACGGAUUUUCCUUCUUAGCAUCAGAUUAUUCUAUUUGCCAGUGUAACAAAGGAUUUGGUCUAACAAAAAGAGGUGACCAAAUGGUGUGUUCAGAAUGCCCCCCAGGACAUUUUAACCCAGAUUAUGACAAACCCUGCAAAAAAAUGACUGACUGCAAAGACGCAGGAGUGAAGGUUCCUGGAACCCCAACCUCUGAUGCUGUCUGUAAAGAAAAAAGUGAGCUGACAAUCGCAUCAACUUCCACUUCUAAAAGAGCUGCUUCUGUCACGCUCGUAACCCCCCGCCAGCAGCAGAGGGGGACUCGGACGCCAAAGACGCGUCCCGUUAUCACUACCACAACAAGUCCACUACCAAAAGAGCCCAAAGGACAGCCCCCUUCAAACACAAGUAGUGAAAACCACUUUGGUUUGGGUCUCCUCAUGAUUGGAAUUGCUGGGCUGCUCCUCCUCUCUGCUGUGACCUGCAAGCUGCAUUUCACGCCUUGUUGGAAGAAAAAAGGAGCACCGCACAUGGAGGAGGACUCAUUCUGUAAACCAGUCAAGGAAAGUGGUGAUGGCAUCGAUUCCUCCCUCCACUUGAAUCCAGAGCCUUGAUGCAAAUCAUUUCUUUUGUGUGACUGUGUCAUCAAAAUGCUGAGAAAUGACAGGUCAGAUGAUUUCUUCUGAGAAGUUUGUACAGUUUUCUUUGUGUUCUUUGUUUUUAUGUGAGACAUGUACUUUGUUGUGUACCGCGACUACUUUUGCAGCCAUGUGGUCAAUAUUUGACUUUCAUUUUGUUCUGUUGGAAUAUAAUAAUAGAGAAAGUGCCAAAAAAGAACGACAUACCUCACUUUUUAAACAUUUGCACAAUAGCAUGUGUUCUCAUUCUCUUAAAUGACUUUUACCAACAUAUGCAAAUUUGACAUUUUAAUUUGUCCUUUUGUGUACUGUGACUUAAGACAAAAGUACCAAUGCUAUCCUGCCUAAAUGUUUCAACAUUUAUGUAUCCUGAGAUUUUAUACACCUUCUAUUACCUUGGAAUCUACUUAAAAUGUGAUUUAAUCUCAGUGUUAGCUUUUUGUUGUAAAAAUGUCUCCUUUUCUUUGGCUUUUUGCUCAGGUUCAGAGGGAAAAAAGUCAAGUAAACAUGUUUUCUGUGGGGUUGGGGGAAUUCCCUUGUGGAGAUAAACGUGUCUAUAUUCUGCUGGUGAGAGAAGCCUUCUUACAUUUCUUGCUUUUGCCCUUUGGAAAGAUUGAUUUAGUAAAUGUGAGGACUUUUCUUGGUUGUUUAUAGCAGGUGUUUGUCAGGAACAGACAGUCAGAGGAGUUGUGAAAGCAUCCUCGCAUCGCCUCUCCUCAUUUACAUUUCACUGAGAAACAAACCAUGCACCCAGCAUAAAGCUGCUCACUUGGCUGAGUUUAAUGCCUCGCUUGGAUCAAACUGUUUUCUUUCACUUUGUUCCCAAAAUUAAGCGUUGUUUUUCCUUUAAAAGGAUUUAGAUGAAAAAAACAAUAGUAAUAACAAUGUAGAAAUACAUUAACUGGUAUUUAUCUCUCACUAUCGCUUUAAAUGAACUGAUGUAAAAGUUACUCAGGCUGUAGAAAAAGUGUUUCUUGUAGUAUUCUUCCUAUGUUAAAUAUCAUUUUUGUUAGCAGUGCAUUAGUGUUUAUGUAAUCUUUUACUCCAUCUGCUGGUUUUGCUGAAGAAAAAAAAAACAGUGACAGAAAGAAAACUGCACAGAGGCCCCAGUAAAGAUUUACUCUGAAUGUGAAGAAUCAGGAAGUAGAAGUGUGGUUUUAAAGAAAUGCAGUCACUUGUAGGGUUUGCAAUGCAAACCCAGCUGCUUAUCUAACGAUGCAAAGCACAGACUGGCGUUUUUAAAAGUUUUACAUCUGCUUGUCAAUUUAUCUAUUGUUUUAUGGAGACAUUAAAAUUACAAUAAACCAAAAUAAAAUGUUUCUGUUUUA